ACUAUCUCAAUAAAAAUGCAUUUCCCCUCACUUUUUUCCUUUCCCCCCAAGUUUCAGUUUCUCAGUGCUCUCUCCCUUUCUCUCUCUGAGGUGGGGACUGAAGGAGGAAAAAAGAUUCCCCUCUCUCCAUCUCCACAUUUUACAGAGAGGUAAGCUUUGAAAUGAACUAACCCUCCAUUUUCAUAAGAAACCAAAGCCGUAAACUACUGCAUUUCCACUUUUCAUCCGAUUAAACCAAAACCCAUCUCUCAAAUCCCACACGAUCCUCCAAUGAAAUCAAAAUCUCUCCAUGAUUUGAAGCAUUAAAGGCCAAACUCCAGAUGGGUUUUCACUCCAGACCCUUCUUGUUCUUCUACUUCUUCUUCCUCCUCCUGUUUAUUGUUUAUCUUGCUAGUCAGGUUGAAUCUGGUUCUGAUUACACCACAUUAGUCUACAAGGGCUGCGCCAAACAAGGAUUCUCAGAUCCAAAUGGCGUUUACUCACAAGCCUUGGCUGCUUUGUUUGGCUCUUUAGUUUCACAAUCUGCCAAAGGCUCAAAGUUCUUCAAAACCACCUCCGGCACCGCCCAAACCGCCAUCACCGGCCUUUUCCAAUGCCGAGGGGAUCUCAGCAACUCCGAUUGCUAUAACUGUGUAAGUAAGCUGCCGGAAUUGGCCGAUAGUCUGUGCGGCAGAACUAUUGCCGCUAGAGUUCAACUCUCAGGCUGCUAUUUGUUGUAUGAGUUUCCUGGGUUUGUUCAGAUUUCAGGGUUUGAAAUGCUGUAUAAAGCUUGUGGGGCUACGAACAUUGCUGGAAGUGGGUUUGAAGAGAGGAGGGACACGGGUUUGUCUGUGUUGGAGAAUGGAGUGGUGAGUGGCCAUGGAUUUUACACUACUAACUAUCAAUCUCUGUAUGUGUUGGCACAAUGUGAGGGAGAUUUAGGGGAUUCAGAUUGUGGUGAGUGUGUGAAGCAUGCUGUGCAGAAAGCUCAAGUUGAAUGUGGAAGCUCAAUUUCAGGGCAAGUUUAUUUGCAUAAGUGCUUUAUCAGCUACAGUUAUUACCCAAAUGGGGUUCCAAAGAGAUCUUCCUCUCCUUCAUCUUCUUCAUCAUCAUCAUAUUCUUCACCACCAUCAGGGAUGGGGCAAAACACAGGGAAGACAGUGGCUGUGAUAUUAGGAGGGGCAGCAGGAGUGGGAUUUCUGGUCAUUUGCUUGCUUUUCAUUAGAAAUUUGAAGAAGAAACAUGAUGAUUAUUGAUACAGAGGAAAGAGUGAAUGUUGUUCUAUUGAGGUAAAGAAAAAAAAUCAAAUUGCUUUCAUCUUUUUUUACUUUGUUUUAUAAAAAGGAUGGUUUCUGGUGGGGUCUGGGAUUUUUUUGAGUUGAGAAAGACUGUUCUUACCACUGGGGUCAAGACAUUUUUUGUGAGAGGAAGAGAAGGGAAGGUAUUCUUCACAAAAGUGAAAGAUACAAAAUAGAAAAAGGAAAAAGGAAAAAUCAAAACUGAAGGAGAAGAGAAGAAGAAUGUGGGGAUGAUUGUUUUUUUUGUUUUUAAUUAUAAAAAUAUAUUUAUGGUUUUCUUUUAAGCCAUGUGGGUGUUUAUCUCU